AAUUUUACCUGCUGUAAAAGAGCAGCUCCGAAGCUGUUCAAAGGGUUGGGUUGGGCUACGGCAAAAUCUACCCCUUUAGAAUAAGUAUUUUAUUGUUUGUUUGGGGGUCUGGAGAGACUGGACUUCUCACGGAAAAAGAACAGGAUCACGCACAUAUUAGGCUAUUCAUUCAGGGGAAUUUUCCUAAAAUUGCUUAAUCCCCCAAACACUUCUGGAUUUUCACCGCGCAUCUAACACGGUCGACUUUGACCGCCUGGGUCUGUCUACGUCGCGUUGCGGGAGAUCUGCGUUACAAAGAGACCUCUCUAUUUUUACAUGUUUUUUUUAAUUUAUUUUACCUUUAUUUAACUAGGCAAGUCAGUUAAAGAACAAAUUAUCUUUGAAGGGAUUCACUUAUGUCUGGAUAUUAAUUUCCCUUGUUAUUUGAGAACUGUCUGUGAGGAAGACAGUGAAUUUUAUUUUGUUGGUGUUUAAACAUUUUUUAUAGCCGAUUUACAGCAGAAGCGUCACCAUGUUGAGUAACGCUGGAGUCUAUGCUGUCAAAAAGCGGAAGAAGCCUGUUCAGAAAACCAAGAAAACCCCUGCUCCAGAAGUGGUCAAGUCGAACCCUUCCAAACGCCACCGGGAUCGGCUGAACGGGGAGCUGGACAGGCUGACGGGCCUUCUACCAUUCCCUGAGGAUGUGUGCUCUCGCCUGGACAAACUCUCCGUGCUCCGCCUCAGCGUUGGGUACUUGAAGGUCAAGAGCUUCUUCAAAGCGACCAUGAAGAAAAGCAGUGUCCUGUUUCCCAGUGGGAAUGGGCUGAACAUUAAUGGGAUGGAAGCCACAACCUUCUCCAAGGGGGACCUACUACUCCAGGCUCUGAAUGGCUUUGUGCUGGUGGUCACAGCUGAAGGACAUGUGUUCUAUGCCUCUCCUACUAUCCAAGACUACCUGGGCUUCCAUCAGUCAGACGUGGUUCACCAGAGUGUGUUUGAGCUGAUCCACACAGACGACAGAGCCACGUUCAGACGACAGCUUCACUUUGCCCUCAACCCCAAGCCCUUUGACCCAGAGCAGGGAGGAGACGGCAUGGCAAGCAGCAGUGACAUCACCAGGAACAUUGUGACAUAUAACCCUGAGCAGCUCCCCCCAGAGAACUCCUCCUUCCUGGAGAGGAACUUUGUGUGUCGCUUCCGCUGCCUCCUGGACAACUCCUCUGGCUUCCUGGCUCUGAACUUCCAGGGGCGUCUCAAGUUCCUCCAUGCCCAGAGCAUGCUGGGGGAUGACGGGACACGCAGCCAGCCCAACCUGGGCCUGUUCACCAUCGCCACCCCUGUCCAAAACCCGUCCAUUUUGGAGAUCAGAACUAAGACAAUCUUCUUCCAGACCAAACACAAGCUCGACUUCACCCCCAUGGGUGUUGAUGCCAGGGGGAAGGUUGUCCUGGGCUACUCAGAGAUGGAGUUGUGUAUGAGAGGCUCUGGUUAUCAGUUCAUCCAUGCAGCUGAUAUGAUGUACUGCGCAGACAACCAUGUCAGAAUGAUUAAGACAGGAGAGAGUGGUCUGACCACAUUCAGACUGCUUCAGAAGACUGGGUGCUGGGUCUGGGUCCAGGCCAAUGCCAGGCUCGUCUACAAAGGUGGAAGACCUGACUUCAUCAUCGCACGCCAGAGAGCUUUGCUUAAUUCCGAGGGAGAGGAGCAUUUACACCAGAGGAAGAUGCAGCUGCCCUUCAGCUUCACCACCGGGGAGGCCCUGCUGUACGAGACCGGCCCCACUCUGGAUGCCACUGACUUCCAAACCAACUCCCCAAAAAUCCGCAAGGUGGAGUCUCUGGACCCCCAGUCUCUGCUGGGCUCCUUACUGAAGCAAGAUGAGUCCGUCUACACCCAGCCCCAGGAGCCUCAGCUACCCAUAGACCAGGCAUUCAUGGACAGCCGAGCGCUCACCAAUGUGGCCUGUAACUCCUGGCAGAGUAACAUGGAGCCCCAGGGGCCCGACGGGGAUGAUGAUGGUGACGGCCCCAGUGAGGUGAAGCAGAAGGGGGCGGUGGUGGCCAUGAUAGACGCCCUGGAGAAGAUGGCACGAGAUGGGGACCUGUGUGAGGCGCUGCAGGGGCUGGACGUGGACGCGGCCGAGCUGAUGGAGUGGGAGAGUGCCCUCCUCAGGCUGAGCCAGGAAUCCAACGGGACUGGGGGCGGGGAUUCCUCCCCGGAGCUGGAUGACAUCAUGACCAAUGACAUCUUCUCUUACGUGGAGGAAGCCUUGUUCAAGGAGAGCAGUGAGGGUAGCGGUAACCCCCCCAACUGCUCCAUUAUGGUCAACAACAACCCUAACCUAAACCUGUUCACAGAGGUGUUUAACAACAACAACCAGGAUGGACCAUUCACAGGAAUGGUCAGCCCUACAGGUGUAGGACAGUGCAAGCCCGGGUUGCUUGACAGCCGCAGCUUUAUCCAUAAUGGCUCCCCAGUGAACAGUCUAAAUGGUCAGGUAACAGGCAAUGGACCAGAUGGUUUGGCAGGACAGAACCAGGCAGGACCACACCAGGUGUUCAACAGCACCCAGAGGCUCUCCCACUUUGGCCCCCAGAUCCCUCAGAUGGACCUGAACAUCCCCACCCUGCAGCAGCUACAGCUCAAUGACAUCUUCGCCCCCUCUCUGGAGCUCCCCGAGCUCAGUAUCCCACACAGCUCAGGCCAGAACGGGGCUGUUACGUUUUGCACCAACAUGGCUGGAUCCUGUGCUCAGGCACCAAACAACCACAUGGGAAGCCCUCAGGGUAUCACUGGCCGGGUCCACUCUAACCAGCCACCUCCACAGUUUUUCACUCAUAAUGGCUUGCCAGCUACAAUGGCACCAAACGGACCACAACAGAUCUCUGUUCCGCAGUCCAACCAUGUAGCACCUAGUCUGGUGGAUGGCUGGGCAUCCAUGAUUCCCAGUAAUGCCUUUGUUUCACCCCAGAUUGAAUCUAGCAAUCUUAAUCUAUCUAAUCCCCUUCCGACUGCUUGCCUUCAGGGAAACAGUGCACCAUUUCAGUCACUCAAAAUCCAGAGAGUUCAGCAGUGGCCCCAGAACCAGCAGCAGCUGCCACCCCCAGCCAGCAUAAUACAGAAUGGAAUAAUGGCAAAUGGACACACAUUCAUCCCUGACUGUCACAGUCAAGACACAGAGACGCAAAGAGUCCCUCUCACAGGCCUUUGGCCACAGAACCCCAACAGACUGUACCACCAAACUCAGCAUGGGGGAUUGGCCAAUGGCCAGCCUGCUCCAUCCAGUAGCUGCAUGUUUGAGAACAUCUCACCCCCCCUACCUAAUGGAAAUAGCCACGUGGAUGGCACCAGGCUGGCCCCCACGUUGUCUGUAUGCCAGAGUAGGAUGGUGGACCCCCAGGACCAGAGUCCUCCACAGGGCUCUUGCUACUUCCAGUGGGGCCCCAGUGAGCCGGUGGUGGGCACGUCAGCCGUCAUCCAGGACAGCGCAAGCACCAGCCCCCCGUCUCGCCCGCUGGUGGCCAACAUAACCACCCCUGAGGGCCUACUGGCCAUGCAGCAGUACCUGGCUGGAUGCAGCGGAGUCGGACAGACACAGAUUCCAAGCCUCCCUGUCAUAGACAGCAAUGGAAUAUUCUCUUUACCACCCCUUGUAAAUGGAUCCAUGUGCUUUACAGAGCACAACCAAAUCAACUAUUGCAACUUCUAAACAUGCGUCACAUUGCCUUACGAGGUACAAAUGGCAGACAGAGAGAGGAGGAAGCCAUCCAUGAAUCUAUUCAUCCUUCCAUCUGUACGCUUUCACUUACAACCCUCUGCCUUAAGAGAUGUCUCAGUGAGGGUGUUGUGAAUACAAGCCAUCCCCUCAUCAUGUGUGGUCAAACACACCAUCCCAUCUCCCCAUAUCAGUGUUUGCAGUAAAUACAAGGACUCCUUUAAUUACCCCUUGUCACCUCUGUCAGCAAUGGAACAAAAAGCGGCAACUUCAAAUUGAACUGGUUUUCUUUGUGUUUUUGCAUUGUCUUCGGUUUUGUUUGCUGAUGCCGUGCCUUUGUUUUUAUUACUGUGUAACAACCAUUUCUGUCACAACUUGUUUGUUUAAUUGCCUUCAAUGAUAUGAAUGAAGUAUGAAUCCUCACUAGUGCAUUUGGCUGCCGUUAUAAUGGCUGGCGCUACAUGGCUUUUUAAGGUCAUGACCAAUUCCCAAAGUGAUAUUCUCAUGAAGCAAGCCGUAUUCAUUUUUUUCCAAACGUUUGUUUCUUGUGCACUUACAUUAUAGUCGGAUGGUGAUAGGACACCAUUCAAGUUUUCACUCAUGGGAAAACAAAACAAAAUACUAAUGUUGUACACAAAAAUAAAGUCGUAACAAACAUUUUUGUAUGGAGUGUAAAUACAGAAAUUGAAUCUAUAUUCUUAUAUAAAGACAUUAUGUAAAACGAUGUGAGUGCACUUGUGUUUAUGACUGUGAUGAAUAUGACUAUGUUUACAGCGUGUGUGUGCAAAGGCGUUCGUGUGUGUUUGUGUUCUCUUCUUCUGGAGAGUGAAUGAAGCAGUGUACAAAUGUCCCGUGGAACUCAGUUGGUAGAGCAUGGCACUUGCAACGCCAGGGUUGUGGGUUUGAUUCCCAAGGGGGACCAGUAUGAAAAUGUAUGGACUCAAUACUGUAAGUCGCUCUGGACAAGAGCAUCUGCUAAAUUACUCAAAUGUAAAUGUCCUAAUAGACAUUCUGAGGAAAAGAUGAUGUAUUUCAUUGAAAUGUCUGCAUUGGUUGCAGAGUAGGCAGUAUGACUAACCAUGCAAGGCAUGUGCUUUCAGAUGAUACCCCUUGUAAUGCUAUUGGUAUCCAAAAGUCAUUACAGUUUGACAAUACUCUGAUGCAGUAUGUCGAUAAUGUUAUAUCAAUGGUAGUAAACCCUUUGUUUGUUUUUCUUUGCUUUUGUUUUAUUUUGGUAUCAUCUAAACUUCACUAAGCCAUACGCUAACUUCUUAUUGUCAUAACACUAACUGUGGAGGAAUGCGGGCCCUAAUGCUGAAUCUAUAAGAGACGCAGAAGUCCUAUAAGGACUAGUAUAGUAACCAUAGUUACUACGGACAUGGGACUAGAAGUCGAACUUCCCACGAGGCUGCCAUGAUGACUCCGCAUAUUCAACAAAUGGAACUCCAUGUCAGUCAAUGAUUGACAGAAAGAUGGCAGAUCCUCCCAAUUUCAAUGUCCCCUGACACUGAAGGCUCCCGUCAUCACUCAUCUCUUGUCUCCCUCAGAGGGCUCUGAGACUAAAUCAAUAUGGCCACCCACCUUUCAUUUCCUUUGACCUACUUCCUCAUUCUGCUCAUAUGACAGGGCAAGAUAGAUGAGAGGAAUAUGGAGGAAACUAAACCCGGCCAACUAGAGGGCCUCUCCUGCCAAACUGCUCUCACCAUUUCAGCUCGCUCAGCUCAGUAAGGCAGAGGAAAGUACAUAUAGUAAAGGGAGCUAUUCUAUGUAUUGGGUAUAUUCACAUUUAGCUUUGGCUUUUAAAAUUGUAUUUAGUAAUUGUUCUUGUUGCUUUAACCAGCUGAUAUACAAGCUUUCAAAGUGCCUGCCUUGAAAUGUUGACAAAGUUUCUCGUAUCAAAGCUUAUAUAAAAGAAAGGGAAGGGUAUGCUAUACAGUAUACUGUAUAUUAGCCCUGAGCCAUGUAGCUAUUCUUUAAGCGCACUCUUCAACAGUCUUCAACAUCAGGCAGUUGCAGAGUUCAGCAUCAAUAUAUUAUGAAUAUUUACAUUUUUGCAUUUGUUGGUUGUAUGUUUGUUUAUUUGUAUGUUUUGUUAUUAUGUCUAGUGGCCUUACAACAUCUGUUAGACAGGUAUUCUCUUUGUAAGCCUUUAUUUCCACAGAAAUAUAUAAUUUAGUGUAGUUCACUUGUAUUUAGCCAAGUAUAGUGUAUGCAAUGUAUUGAUAAUUACCAACUUACUUGUUACCAUUUGUUUCUUAAUUGUACAAUUCAAUUUCAUAUUAAAAAUAUUCCUAAUAACUUA